ACUCCAGCCUCCACCAUGUCCAGCAGGGUGACCCAGAAGUCCUAUAAGGUGUCCACCUCUGACCCCCGGGCCUUCAGCAGCCACCCCUUCACUAAUGCACCUGACGUCCACAUCAGCUCUGCCCUGUCCCAGGUGGGCAGGGGAAGCAGCUUCAGGGGUGGCCUGGGCAGCAGCAUGAGUGUGAUUGGGGGCUACGCAGGGCUGGGGGGUAUGGGGGGCAUCACGGCUGUCUCAGUGAACCAGAGCCUGCUGAACCCCCUUAAGCUGGAGGUGGACCCCAACAUCCAGGCUGUGCGCACCCAGGAGAAGGAACAGAUUAAGAGCGUCAACAACAAGUUUGCCUCCUUCAUCGACAAGGUGCAGCAUCUGGAGCAGCAGAACAAGAUUCUGGAGACCAAGUGGAGCCUCCUAGAGCAGCAGAACACUGCUCAGAGCAACAUCGACAAGAUGUUCGAGAGUUACAUCAACAACCUUCAGCGGCAGCUGGACACCCUGGGCCAGGAGAAGCUGAAGCUGGAGGUGGAGGUUGGCAACAUGCAGAGCCUGGUGGAGGACUUCAAGAAUAAGUACGAGGAGGAGAUCAAAGAAUGUGCAGACAUGGAGAAUGAAUUUGUCCUCACCAAGAAGGGUGUGGAUGAAGCUUACAUGAACAAGGUGGAGCUGGAGUCCCACUUGGAAGGGCUGACCGACGAGAUCAACUUCUUAAGGCAGCUGUACUUCUGGGACACGUCUGUGGUGCUGUCCGUGGACAACAGCCACUCCCUGGACCUGGAUGGCAUCAUUGUUGAGGUUAAGGCCCAGUACAAGGAAAUUGCCAGCAGCCGGGCCGAGGCUGAGACCAUGUACCAGAUCAAGUAUGAGGAGUUGCAGACAUUGGCUGGGAAGCACGGGGAUGACCUCCGUCACACGAAGACGGAGAUUUCCGACGUGAACCAGAACAUCAGCCAACUCCAUGCUGAGAUCAAGGGCCUCAAAAACCAGAGGGCUUUCCUGGAAGCCACCAUAGCUGAUGCUGAGCAGCGUGGGGAGCUGGCCGUUAAGGAUGCCCAUGCUAAGGUGGCCGAGCUAGAAGCCUCCCUGCAGCAAGCCAAGCAGGACAUGGCCCAGCAGCUGCGGGAGUACCAGGAGCUCAUGAACAUCAAGCUGGCUCUGAACAUUGAGAUCACCAUCUGCCACAAGCCGCUAGAAGGUAAGGAGAGCAGGCUGGAGUCUGGGAUGCAGACCAUGAGUAUCCACACUAAGACCACCAGCGGCUACUCAGGUGGGCUGGGCUCAGCCUAUGGGAGCCUCACGAGCCCUGGUCUCCGCUAUGGCCUGAGUACCUUCCAGUCCAGCUUCGGUCCUGGCAGGGGCUCCACUUCCCUCAGCUGUGUCAGUUCCUCCAAGGCUGUGGUGGUAUAGAAGAUUGAGAUCCGUGAUGGGAAGCUGGUGUCUGAGUCGUCUGAUGUCCUAUCCAAGUGA